AUGCCUUUCCUUGAUCAUCUCCUCACCUACAAGACCACAGCCUACAACACUAGACAUCAACGAGGAAGGCGCCUAAGUGUUGGAGGGCUCAUCACUCCUAUCUUGUGUGCUGCUGGAGUGAACCCAACUGAUAGGAGAGCCACUGAACCAGGUUGGAUGGACAUCAAGUUUUGCAAGACAACCACCUCAUUGAGCACAAGGAGUUGGAUGGGAGGUUCCAAUUCAAGUUCACACAUCCAUUGGCUGGCCCUUCCAAGCUUCUCCUGCCCAACCCAGAGCUCACCACAGUCGGGGGUGAGAACAUUGACUUCAGACCCCCUGUGCUCCAAGGAUGAACCCCUCUGUUGUGGCUGCCCACAAGAGGAUUGGACUUCUCCAAAAGUUCAACAAGUGGCAAGGGAAAGCCAUGGAAAGAUGCAAAAGUCCAUGGACAAGAUGGUGAGCAAGAUCAAGAAGUUUGGAGAAGAAGGUUUCUGGUUCUUCAUCAAGAAGAAGAAGGCCCAAGGCCCCCUUUCCCUAGGAGUAGAUCACUCCUCACCACCCAAGGAGGCUCCUGCCCAAGAGCCUCACAGAGCCUCUUCAUUCGAGCCAAGGGAAGGAGAAGACAACACGCAGAGAAGGAGGAAGAGUUCCAAGGCCAGACGCUCCAACUCGACCACCGGACUCGAUCGAGUCCAAACAGAGGAAACUCAACUCGAUCGAGCUGAGGAGCCUCCUCAGAGUAGAUGGAACCCCUAUGGACAGUACGAGCUAGCCAUGCUCCACCAAGGCCAAGGGAGCCACACACACUUCAAUGAAGAAGAGGAAGAAGAGGAGCCGCAAGCUCGAUCGAGUGAGCGUGAACCCCGAGUGGAGCUCCUGAUGGCCGUCUGCCCUCUCCUGACCACGACCUUGCCUCCCAGUUCUUUGGGGGGCACUGAGGCUAAGUUUGGGGGUGCCAACUCGAGCUCGAUCGAGUUGGGUAAAAACCAGAAAAGUGGUAAAAAUUGGGAAAAUCCAAAGGAAAAAGAGUUUAGUUAA